CACGCAGCACCUUGGAGUCCGGGGAGGGCGGGGCCAGCAGGUGGCUCCGCUGCCGGAGCAGCCGCGGCCCGAGCCGGGGCCAUGGCGAAGCUGCUGAGCUGCGUCCUCGGGCCCCGGCUUUACAAAAUCUACCGGGAAAGAGACUCUGAAAGGCCCCAGCCCAGCAUCACGGAAACCCCAACUUCGGUUCCUAGCACCCCCGCCAGCUCCUGGGAUACAUACUAUCAGCCCCGCGCCCUGGAGAAGCAUGCCGACAGCAUCCUGGCUCUGGCUUCCGUCUUCUGGUCCAUCUCUUACUACUCCUCUCCUUUUGCCUUUUUCUACUUGUACAGGAAAGGUUACUUGAGUUUGUCCAAAGUGGUGCCAUUUUCUCACUAUGCUGGGACACUGCUGCUACUGCUGGCGGGUGUGGCCUGCCUCCGAGGUAUCGGCCGCUGGACCAACCCCCAGUACCGGCAGUUUAUCACCAUCUUAGAGGCCACACACAGGAAUCACUCAGCAGAAAACAAGAAGCAGCUGGCCAACUACAACUUCGACUUCCGGAGCUGGCCCGUGGACUUCCACUGGGAGGAGCCCAGCAGCCGAAGAGAGUCCCGAGGGGGCCCUUCCCGUCGAGGGGUGGCCCUGCUCCGGCCCGAGCCCCUGCACCGCGGGAAGGCCGACACGCUCCUCAACCGGGUCAAGAAGCUGCCCUGCCAGGUCACCAGCUACCUGGUGGCACACACCCUGGGGCGCCGGAUGCUGUACCCUGGCUCUGUGUACCUGCUCCAGAAGGCCCUCAUGCCCGUGCUGUUGCAAGGCCAGGCGCGGCUGGUGGAAGAGAGCAACGGGCGUCGGGCCAAACUGCUGGCCUGUGAUUGCAACGAGAUUGACACCAUGUUUGUGGACCGGCGGGGGACAGCCGAGCCCCAGGGACAGAAGCUGGUGAUCUGCUGUGAGGGCAACGCCGGCUUCUAUGAGGUGGGCUGCAUCUCCACGCCUCUGGAAGGUGGCUACUCCGUUCUGGGAUGGAACCAUCCAGGCUUUGCCGGAAGCACGGGUGUGCCGUUCCCGCAGAAUGAGGCCAAUGCCAUGGACGUGGUGGUGCAGUACGCCAUCCACCGCCUGGGCUUCCAGCCCCAGGACAUCAUCAUCUACGCCUGGUCCAUCGGCGGCUUCACUGCCACAUGGGCAGCCAUGUCCUACCCGGACAUCAGUGCCGUGAUCCUGGAUGCCUCCUUUGAUGACCUGGUGCCCUUGGCCUUGAAGGUCAUGCCCGACAGCUGGAGAGGCCUCGUGACCAGGACCGUGAGGCAGCACCUCAACCUGAACAACGCCGAGCAGCUGUGCAGGUUCCAGGGCCCUGUGCUGCUGAUCCGAAGAACCAAGGAUGAGAUCAUCACCACCACGGUCCCCGAGGACAUCAUGUCCAACCGAGGCAAUGACCUCCUGCUGAAGCUUCUGCAGCAUCGGUAUCCCCGGGUGAUGGCCGAGGAAGGUCUGCAGGUGGUGAAGCAGUGGCUGGAGGCCUCCUCACAGCUGGAGGAAGCCUCCAUCUACAGCCGCUGGGAGGUGGAGGAGGACUGGUGCGUGUCGGUCCUCCGCUCCUACCAGGCAGAGCACGGGCCUGACUUCCCCUGGAGCGUGGGGGAGGACAUGAGUGCAGAUGGAAGGCGGCAGCUGGCUCUGUUUCUGGCUCAAAAACAUAUGCACAACUUUGAGGCCACACACUGCACCCCACUCCCAGCCCAGAACUUCCAGCUGCCCUGGCAUCUCUAGAGCUCACACCCGGGUACAUUCUAGAAGAAUCGGGCGGGAGGAGACAUGAGAACGGACCCUCUUAUUCGUGAUUCUGUGUUCAUGUUGCUGUUUAUAGUUUGUGGAAAGUGGGGGACCAUCCCCUUUCUUACCGUUUUUCUUGCACGUUUCAUCCAUCCAGCAGUACGAACCUUCUCUGACAUAUACCCUGCAUUAAGUGAAUGGAUUAUUCCUAAUAAUUAAUAAAAAGGUAUUUUUUCUA